GGUUUGACAGCUCGGGGAGCCGUAAAAAAAUAAAAUAUCAUCAACACGGUAUCUUUGGUCGGACAAAUUUCUUCGGUUAAAAGUAUCUUCGCCAGCUGAAUAAUGACCACCGACGUAGCCCGUGAACUGGAGCAGCCAGGAUUCAGUUUCGAGAACUGCCGCCGGAACGCUCAGCUCAUCAAGAACGGAUUCGUGCCACCGAAGGUGAUCAAAACCGGAACCACCAUCUGUGGUAUCAUCUACAAGGAUGGCGUUAUCCUGGGUGCAGAUACCCGGGCCACCGAGGGACCGAUAGUGGCCGAUAAGAACUGCGAAAAGAUCCACUACUUGGCCAAGAACAUGUACUGCUGCGGAGCGGGUACGGCGGCCGACACCGAGAUGACGACACAGAUGAUUGCCUCGAAUCUGGAGCUGCACCGGUUGAACACGGGCCGCACGGUGCCCGUCGUGGUGGCGAACACGAUGCUGAAACAGUUCCUGUUCCGCUACCAGGGACACAUCAGUGCGGCGCUGGUACUGGGCGGUGUCGAUCCGACCGGGUCGUACAUCUACUGCAUUUACCCGCACGGAUCCACCGACAAGCUGCCGUACGCUACGAUGGGAUCCGGUAGCUUGGCGGCCAUGUCGGUGUUCGAGUCUCGCUGGAAACCGGACAUGUCGGAGGAGGAGGGAAAGAAGCUGGUCCGAGAUGCUAUCGCCGCCGGUGUGUUCAACGAUCUUGGAUCGGGCUCAAACAUCGAUCUGUGCGUCAUCCGGAAGGAUUCGACCGAGUACUUGCGCACGUACGAGGAGGCCAACAAGAAGGGCACCCGAAGCCUGUCGUACGACUUCAAACCGGGCACGACGGCCGUUUUGCAGAGCCAGAUCUACAAGGUGGAUGUGACGGACACCGUCGUGCGCCAUCUCGUACCGGAAGGUACCGAGAGUAUGGAUACGGCUUGAUUGGCGCGAACAAUUCCUUUGUAUUUCUAUCAUUUGGCGGAAUAAAGAAAAGCUCGAG